CCUUCAGGAAGGCGCUGCGGGUCACGUGACAAACGCACCAAUUGGCGCGUUUCUUAUUGAGGCACUGCACCCGUGUUUUGGCCAAUGAGAGUCCGUUUUCGUUUUCCUCCGGGCUUUGCGUAGUGGCUGUGAUGGCGCCACCCGUGAGGUACUGCAUCCCGGGCGAACGUCUGUGUAACUUGGAGGAGGGCAGCCCAGGCAGCGGCACCUACACCCGGCAUGGCUACAUCUUUUCGUCUCUUGCUGGCUGCAUGACGAAGAGCUGCGAGAACGGCGCGCUUCCUGUUGUGUCUGUGAUGAGAGAAACAGAGUCCCAGUUACUGCCAGAUGUGGGAGCUAUUGUAACCUGUAAGGUCUCUAGCAUAAAUUCACGCUUUGCCAAAGUACACAUCCUGUAUGUGGGGUCCACACCACUUAAGAACUCUUUUCGAGGAACUAUCCGCAAGGAAGAUGUCCGAGCUACUGAAAAAGACAAGGUUGAAAUUUAUAAGAGUUUUCGCCCAGGUGACAUUGUAUUGGCCAAAGUGAUCUCCCUAGGCGAUGCACAGUCCAACUACCUCCUGACCACUGCCGAGAAUGAACUAGGAGUGGUGGUGGCCCACAGUGAGUCAGGUGUCCAGAUGGUUCCCAUCAGCUGGUGUGAGAUGCAGUGCCCGAAGACCCAUACUAAAGAAUUCCGGAAAGUGGCCCGAGUGCAGCCCGAGUUCUUGCAGACAUAGGAAGCUACAUUUUACCCCAAGGAGGGGUAAGCUGUUUCCAGGAGUACAUGCUAUGAAAGUCACAACAAGGUGCCAUUGUUUUAUUCACAUUCCUGGGAUCAGGCAACAACCAGCUCUAGAAGUGUCUGCCAGAAACUAACUCUGAAGGUGGAAUAUUUUUCUUGUGAACCUUUCAGUGGAUUUCAUUCUCCAGUGACAAAUAUUUCCUUUGGAGUCUACAUAAGCCAACUGUACAAUGUUGGAGAUAGCCUAUUCCUUCUGACAGUCUUAUAAAUACAUAAUUUUGCUGUGACACGAAACAUUUUUAUUAAAAAUAUUUUAUGGUU